AUGGACCACAUCGAACAGGCCGUUGCUUGCGCGCUCAGCCCCACGGCGGACCUGGCCUUGAAGCAGCAGGCCACCCAAUACUGCGAACAGGUCAAGGCUUCUCCUGACGGAUGGCAAUCGUGCCUGGCAUUGUACAUUCGGGAGCCCAAGAGUACGCCAGAAACCCGGCUCUUUUGCCUACAGGUGGUGGAGGAAGUUCUUACGGCGAGGUCCAAUACACUGGACGAAUCACGACUGAACUACUUUCGACAGACAUUCAUGGAGUAUAUUCAGCGCGAAUUUGUGAACGGCGGCUUGGACAACACCUUGAGUUCAGAACCCUCAUAUCUCAAAAACAAAUUUGCGCAUGCUGUUGCGCUUCUAUUCCGCCAAACAUAUCUCAAAUCAUGGACUACGUUCUUUUCGGACAUGCUCGCUCUUAUUACCCCUCUGCCUCAGUCCUCAGGGAAAUCGAACAUGAAGAUGGUUGAUCUUUUUCUCAGGAUUUUGAUGUCUAUCGACGAGGAAGUUGUCAACACUCUCACCUCUCGCAUCAGCUCAAGGGAAGAAAACACUUUGAACAUCAACAUCAAAGACCGCAUGAGAGAGCAGGAUAUCCCCACCCUCGCCAACGCCUGGUAUGAAUUGCUGACGGAAUACAAGGAACGCAGUCUGGAUUUUGCAGAGAUGCUGCUUCGUAUUGUUGGAGUUUAUGUCGCUUGGAUCGAUAUCUCUCUUAUAGUCAAUGAGCGAUUUGUCUCUCUGAUCUACAGCUUCCUAUUGACCACAUCGAUCCGAAACGCAGCGGCAGAUUGCUUGACGGAUAUUGUAAAGAAGGGAAUGAAACCUCUGGACAAGCUGCAACUUAUCAGCAUUCUUGGGAUCGUGGAUGUAUUGCAGCAGAUCGACCUUUCUUCAGAUUCCGAUUUCCGUGAGAGGGUUGCUAGGUUGGUCAAUAACCUCGGCCUUCAGCUGUGCCAGAUUUGGCAGGAUACUAACCCUCAGGCCAGCUCAAAUUACCCUCCCACCGCCAACCCUACCGCCUACACCCAUAUUUCACACCUCGUGCCCAUCCUCCUUCAGUUCUUGAAAGAUGAAGACGACAACGUGUCCGAGGCUGUCUUUGGAUUCUUGCGCGAGACCCUCAACAUUUUCAAAACAAUCAAAAAGGCGACCGGAUCCCUACCCCAGGAACAGAAAGUACUCAUGCGUCAGAUCUUGGAGUCGAUCGUAUUGAAGAUGAAGUAUGGGGAGGACAUGGAGUGGGUCUGUGUUGCCAUUGCGGGAGGCUCAGAAUCGGUUGGCACGAUCGGCGAAGACUCCAUUGAUGAUGAGGAGAUGCUCAACUUCUUGGAGCUUCGUCGGGAAUUGAAACGAUUCUAUGACCAGAUUGCAACGCUCUCAGCCAGUUUAACGACAAACUUUCUGCACUCUGCCGUUACUACCACACUUACGACAUUUGUGAAUGAGAAAGCAGCAGGCUCCGCGGGAUCAUCAGAUUGGAGGGACUUGGAGCUCGCCCUUUACUUACUCUACCUUUAUGGAGAGGCCAUCAAGGGCGUUCCCCAGUUCGCAGUUGUUUCCCCGACACCUUUGACUCCCUUAGGAGAAUGUCUUUUCGAGAUGUGCAAGAGUGGUGUUUCAGCGUAUCCCCAUCCUUCUGUCUCCGCAAACUUUUUCGAGAUCGCUUGCCGCUACUCCAAUUUCUUCGAGAUCCGCCCAGAUUGUAUCCCUGAUGUACUGGAGGCAUUUGUCGACGCUCGCGGACUUCACCAUCCCAUCUCUGCCAACCGCACCCGUGCCUGGUAUCUGUUCUGGCGCUUCACCAAAGAUCUUAAGUUCAAGCUGUCGCCCUAUGUACAGACGGUCUUGACUAGUAUUCAGGAUGUCUUGACCGUUGAGGCGUCGCUUCCUCCGAUGUUGUCGCCUGGUUUUGAUUUAUCGACGUACAAGGAUCAGGUUUUUGAGACCAAGAUUUAUCUUUUUGAGGCUGUUGGACUUUUGAUCUCUCAAGACUCUAUACCCGCUCAGCAACAGUUUGAGUAUCUAUCCGUGGUUGUCAACCCAUUCCUGACCGUGAUCCAGAAGAGUUUGGAAGCACACCAGGACCUCGAGCUUGUUUGGACAUUGCAUCAUCGCUUGAUGGCUUUGGGAAGCAUCGCUAAAGGAUUUCCAGACGUCUUGAAUAUCAAGAAAGCAGCUCCAAACGCUCCUACAGCAGUAUCAGGAGGGCCAUGCGCACAAAUCUUCAAGCAGGUGGCCGAGAUUACGCUCGUGGCAUUGGAGACACUUUCAAGGUUCGAGGUGAUCCGAUCUGCAGCGCGGUUUACGUUUGGUCGAUUGAUCAACUGCCUAGGCCAAGACGUACAGCCCUAUUUGCCCACCCUGAUUACGGGCCUGUUGCAGGAAUGUUCGGUCAUGGAGCUGGUUGAGUUUUUGCCAUUCAUGGGUCAGGUCGCGCACAAAUUUAAGGCGACAAUCAUGUCGAUUUUGAAUGGACUCUUGUUCCCGUUAGUACAAAAAGUGUUCUUUUUCCUGAACCAGGUCCCCAGCGGCACUGAUGAGGCUAUGGCGUUGGUUGAGCUGCGUAAGAGCUAUUUGGCUUUCUUGAUGGGCUUAUUCUCGUCAGAACUUGAAAAUGUCCUUAUCACAGCAGGAAAUGGGCAGCACCUCAGCUUGAUUCUUCAAAGCGUUCUUCACUAUGCACAGGACAUGUCAGAUGUCCCUGUUAGCAGGAUGGCCUUUGGCAUUUUACUCAAGGCUGUCAACACUUGGGGAAGUCAGAGCGAAAAGCUGGAGGCUCCAGGGUUCUAUCAAUUCAUGUACGAGCACAUUCUCAGGGUUACGUUCGAGGUGCCUAUGAAGCCAAACUUUGAUCUCCAGGAUGGACAGUCUAUGCUGGUACUCGGAGAGAUUGCAGGAUUGCAGAAGGCGAUGGUGAUGAAGCAGGGAGAUGUAUUCUUGACGUAUUUGAGCCAAGUGUAUCUGCCCUCGAUCAACUGCCCUACGGAACUGGCACAAGAGUACAUUCAGGCACUGCAGCAAUUGGACGCUAAGAACUUUAAGAAGUAUUUCCAGGUAAGAAGGUCCGAUUGCGUGCAGUGA